AUGGGAUACGAAUGCCCGUUGAACUUUAACCUUGCCGAUUUCUACGUCCACACGCUGGCCAUCGUCCCUGGAGAGGAGGAAGAACAUCGGGAACGGGUUUCUCGGAUCUGCGACGCGUUUAAGGAGUCAGUAGAUCGGAAGGUUCUGGAAGGGGAGGUCGGCUUCUCUGGCGAGGUGGAUGACGAUGAGAGCCCGAAUGACCCAGACGAGAAGGAGAGCGAGAUGACGUUCAAGUACAAGGUGUCUUGGUUCGCACAGUUUUGCGCAGUUUUCGUCCGAAGCUGGACUGUUAACCUCCGGGAACGUCAUCAAACUUCGUCUUCUUCAAAGCCUGGUUGGUACCGUUUAAAUGCAGUAUCAGAAAGUGAGUUCGACUUGGAUCAAGUUGCAAGGUCUUGCGAUUCAACUUCUAGGUCUUCAAUUUAA